AUGAGCAGUCAUGCAGAUGCUGCUCCAAGCAUAAUUCGACGGGGAGAUCAGCUCACGCCAGAACAGGUUCGUUUGCAAAGUGACCAGGGCUUUCGGCGCGCCGUGACUGCGAUCGUUUGCGCCGCAGCCUUCUUUGAUAUUGCUGGUGCGAUCAUCCUACAACCUGCUGUGCCCAUGAUAAUGAGCAACGCCCCUGGCUCGGUCCGGCCAGCCUCUUGGCCUGAAGGAUAUAGACAUCCACAUGCCUUCCCUCGGGAAAGCUUCAGCGGCGUGAGCUACGCCUUUGCCGUGAACUUGGUUCUUAUCGUCAAUCAGCUUGGAAACAUGAUUUCCAACAUGGCCAUGGGCACCUUGUCUGACAAGUACGGGAGAAAGCCUUUGAUGCUGUUGGGCUUGUUCUGCGGGCUUGCAUCACUGGCACUCUACUAUGUUGCGGGCAUCGCAAUGAGGUCCUUUUGGGCAUUCCUAAGCUGCUCCUUUGUCAAUGGCUUGUUCGGUGGAAACAAGACAGUCAUCCAAGCAUAUGUAAAGGACAUUUGGGGAACAGAUUUCCCAAAGGUGCAGCCCAUCCUGUUCUUCUGCUUCAUGCUCGGAGGGGCAGGGGGUGGCCUUCUUGGCGGUGUGGCCACCUCACUUGUCCAAGUAGACGAGAUUUCGGGCAACCUUUUCAUUGCAGGUCCCAUUUGUGCGUCGCUGAGUUUCCUGCUAUUUCUUGUAAUUCUUUUCAAGAUGCCAGAAGCACCCCGGUUUGAAAAGCAAGCGUUCAUGGAGGGCCCAAAGGAGGCACUCCCGACGUAUGUGCGGCGCAUUUUGGUGGUGCUCAUUAUUGGGGGCGCAGCUGAUGCUUUUGGCGAUCAGGGCAAUACCUUUGCUCGCAACACCAUCUUCUCCAAUCGGUACCCUGCAGGAAAGGAAGUAGGGAUUAACAUGGCCUUGCUGAUGGUGAAGGCCUUUGGCCUUGUCAUUGCUAUGUUUGUGGUCCUGGUUUCCUCGAGGCGUUUAGGUUUGGCUCCUUGGUGCGUCAUCGGAAACCUAUGCAGUGCGGCCGCCCAGUUCGCUGUCAUUCCCAACACAAUGCCUUUCGAAGGCUUCAUAGCCAUUUGGAGUACCAGUCAGGUGUUUGGCUUCACGUCUACCUUGGCUACGAACUUCUUGCUUCCUCGCUUUGCACCACCUGAUCAGAUGGGAACAUGGAUGGGCUUGAAUAACAGCGCAAACCUUUUUGGUCAAUGCUUCGCCCCGCUGCUAAUGUCUGCUAUGUACUCCAGCCUGUCACCUGCAGACGGGAGUCCGGCAGCUGAGUUCCAGAUGGCCGAGUCAGUUUGCUUGGCGACAUGUGGCAGCAUCUCCAUGUUGGCAUUCUUGUUGUUCUUGCCGUUGCUGCGAUUGAUUCCCAAAAAGGACCCAUGGAAAAGUAAAGUGCUGAAUUUGGAUGACAAGAAGAUGGAGGAGUAUGAGGCGAUGAGCGCUCGCGAGUGGGUGCGGCUAGAUGGCUUGGAGCGGUUCCACGUCAACGAGAAACGCCGCGAGCAAGGCCUACCGCCCAUCUUGCAACAUUGGACGGACUACGAGGAGGAUAUGUUGGAUGGUGGCGUUGAAGACAUAGCCGAAAGAUCCCACAAAGAGCUCCGAGACAUUAGGCGACGACUCACAGCAAUGCUGACAAAUCGAGACAUGUUACAGGAGUCCAUUGCCAAGCAUAAUGCCAUCAAAGCUGACAUACCGAAGUUGUACGACUUGGACAGCGAGAUGAAGAAGGCGGGUGCAUGGCUCACCGGUUAUUUGAAUGAUGCAGGCUAUCACCAGUGGCCACUAUAUCCCGAGCUGUUCAAAUCCAUGAUAAUGACAGCAUUCCCACCACUUGGACCUUUGGGCAAGGAGAAGGCAGAUGUCACAAGCAUCCCCGAAAUGGAGAUGUACAUGAUGAGCUUUCUUCGGACAUUGGACCAGCAUCUGCAUACUCAACGGUACACGCAGAUGAGCGGACUGAGGACCCUAGGUGCCACCAUGGCAUAG